AUGUUGGACCCAGAUAUUUCAAAUGCUUUAGCUGCCAAAUAUAUUGCAGUUCCACUUAUGUUCCCUAUACACCAAAUAUCUGUCAAAGACUUUGCAGGUGAAGUUGGAAACCAAAGUGCUGACCCAGGUGCAAGAACAGAUAUUGCCUUAACAACUGCAAUGAAACAUGCAGAUACUAUGUUUGUACUGUUCAGACGAACUAUAAAUGACUAUUCUUGCUUCUACAACCCUGGUAUUAAAUACCAUAUAAACAUAGAUGGCAAAUACUAUCCAAGAGAAGAAUAUUCUACAGUUGAGGAUAUGAGGUCAUACAACUUGACAUUAGAUGCUAUGAACUUUAACAACAACUUCACAACAACCAUUAACCCUGAAAUGCAAAGUUCUAUUAUGCCAUAUGUGAAAGUAUGGACUCAUACAGGAGGUCAAAAAACUCAAUAUACAAAUGGAGACCGUUCAAACUUUUGGCUUGGCAUUCCAUUUGCUGACUCAGAAGACUUUAUGGGUGGUAUUUCAACUGUUGGUACAGUUCAAAUACAAUAUACUGGUGACAGAGACGGUCCAAAUGAAUUGAAAGCAAAGAA